GAGUUUUGGAUCGAAGUGUGGGUGGUUUGAGGAGAGUGUUUCCGCGUUUAUCCCUCUGCUUAUUGUUGUUCUUGCCGGUUUAUUUCUGAGCUCAUCUCUUCGCUCGUCUGUCGGAGUAAAGAAGACGGAUUCGGGACGUGGAUCUAACAUGGAAAAAGGAGGCCGGCUCGCUGCACUGUCCUUACUGCUCUCCGCUGUGUUGUCCCCCAGUGUUUGUUUCUAUAGCCCUGCAGAGAUUGACCCUCUGCUGUAUGAGGAGCAGCUGCUGUGGGUGAGUCAAGGCCAGGGGCAGGUGAACACCUACAGGAUCCCGCUGAUCACCUUCACCCCCGAAGGAAGCCUACUGGCUUUUGCUGAGGGCAGGAAAUCGUCUGCCAGCGAUGUGGGAGCAAAGUUCAUUGCAUUGCGGCGGUCCACGGACAAAGGAGCCACCUGGUCCCCGACCACAUUUAUUGUUGACGAUGGAACGAUGCCGGACGGCCUGAACCUGGGGUCUGUGGUGGUGGACGAAGAGGUGGGCUCAGUGAUCCUGAUCUACACCAUCUGCUUCCACCUCUACCUCUGCAGCCCAUCCAGCACCAUGAUGGUGGAGAGCUUUGACGACGGCCUCAGCUGGAGCCCACCCAGAAACCUCUCGGUCCAGCUCGGAGUCAAGAACUUUGUUGCCGGGCCGGGCUUCGGCAUCCAGAAGCGUUACAAUCCCAAGAAGGGGAGAUUGGUGGUUUGUGGUCAUGGAACACUAGAGGGGGACGGUGUUUUCUGCAUCCUGAGUGACGACCAUGGACUUAACUGGUACAACGGUGCAGCGUUGAAAAGCAUCCCCUUCAACCAGCCAAAGAAAGCGCAGGAUUUCAACCCUGACGAGUGCCAGCCGGUUGAGAUGAUGGACGGCAGCAUCGUCAUCAAUGUGCGGAACCAGAACAACUACCACUGCAGGUGUCGUGUGGUGGUGCGCAGCUAUGACGCAGGAGUGUCGCUGCCCAUAGAUGAUCUGUACUUCGACUACGCACUGGUGGAUCCUGUUGUAGCAGCUGGAGCUCUGCAAAAAGACGGAGUGCUGUACUUCACCAACCCCUCCAACGAGCAACACAGAGUUAACCUAACCUUACGUUGGUCGCUGACCAAUGGCAAAUCUUGGGAGAACAAAGCCGCCCAGAUAUGGGCAGGGCCAAGUGGCUACUCAUGCAUCACAUCACUGGACAGUGGUUCUCCAGAGGACCGGAAGUACAUCUUUGUCAUCUAUGAAAAGGGCCACAAGGACUACGACGAGACUAUCUCGUUUGCCAAGAUCCACUUGUAUGGUGGCCGGUAGAGCUUGUGAGUAGGAGAUUCAAACACUGAAAGAAAAAGGAACCAGGCAGAGGUUGACUAUUCCUGCAGCCUUUCUCAGGAAGAAAAUAAAAGACUUUUAAGACUCACUUCAUGAUAAUAAAUAUGGGCAAAUGGGAGGCUCGACACAUUGAAUGUUCAACAGUUUGUGUUCAGCCCGUGAUGAAGCUAUCUAAAAACACAUUUUUGUCUUUCUGUACUCUAAAAUUUCCAUGGUUGAUUAAGUCUCAUGUCUAUUUUUUUGACAGGUGUGUGUUUUGCUAAAAGAUUUGCACAGCUGCAAUAUUUUGUGUGUUCUUUCUUCCUAGACAAGAGAAAAUGUGAUGACACAAGGGACAGCUUUUUGAAAAAAGUAAAUGUUUGAAAGCAACUUAAAUCACACUAUCAUGUAAAUAUUGUCUGUUUUGAUUCUCACACUUCAAUUUAAAUACGAUGCCAUACCAAAGUAUCACAUCAGCUUUCCAUUCAGAGUAAGACUAAUGAAGGACUGUUUGAUCUCUGGGGUCUCAUAAAAUAAAAAAAUAUUAAUGCAAUAUAGAUUUUAAGCACAUCUGGCACAGAUCAUCUGUCACAAAAACUGACUGAUUCACUGUGGACUUGGUACAGAAUUCCUAUGUGCUCACAUGAUACAGUUUUAUACUAAAGUGGCCUUUUUUCAAAUCUUACACGUUUAUGUGCUUGUAACAAUUAUGAGGAUUUUUUUUUUUUUGCCUUUAUUAAGAUGUGAGUGUGCCAUAAUUCAUGCUGAUUGAAAUUGGUUUUCUUAAAAAAGAAACAAAAAAAUGAAAAUGUGUAAAAUAAUGUUAAUAGCCUUUUAUUUGUGAGACUGUACUUGAAUACUAUUUGCAUUUGGGGUGGCAUUGAGUGGUUUUAUAAAAACAAUGGGUGUAAUUAAAAAAUGAGAUGUGCAUGUGUGUGUGAUUGAAUGUGAGAGUGAAGGGUAAGUACAUAAUGUAGCCAAAAUCAUCCUCUUUGGUACUUGUAUAGAAUGAAUUUUGUGUAGUCAGUAUGAACUGACUCAACUCAGAUUUUGAUGUUUUAUUUUCAGCUCAGGUGUCCAUUUAUGCCCUGUCCUACCAGCAUUGUACAUAGGGUUACAUUAUUUUGUAACAAUUGCAUACUACUUUAUUUAUUAUGCCAUUGAUUCUUUGGGCAAAGAAAUCUAACCAUUCUAAUGAGCAGUAACUGUACAAUAAAAAUCACAGCAACACUGA